UCCGGUCACUUAAACGAAUGACAGAAAGUUUACAAACAGGCGUACUCGAAGAGGAUUUUUCAUUCUAAAAGACAAGAAAUCACUCUCAGAGAUCCUAGAAUAAUUAGAAAGUCGAUGAGCCUGGAAUUUAACCAUGCCUUGCUUAUGUAAGAAGAAAGCAUCCGACGAUGCGUAUGAGUUGGAGCCUGCAAUCCCACACGCAAGCGACAGCGAAGAACAACACAAUUUAGAAAAUUUGGACCGUGCCGAAAAACGACCUCACAACGACUUUAACCUUUACUUAACAAUGGGUCAAGCGGGCAGUUCGGCUUCGCAGUUCGACGAACGAGUUCUAUUUACAUUAGAAGGACACAAAAAAGCGAUUCUAAAUGUUGAAGUUGGACCGGAUGGUAAAACCUUAGCGACAUGUUCUGCAGAUUGCACAGUUGGCUUAUGGAAUAUUACGACUGGGGAAUUGUUACGGACUCUGGUGGGACACGAGAAACCAGUUACUAAUUGUGCCUUCAUGUGGGGACCGAGUCUGAAGACCCCUAUUCUAGCCACGUCUUCGGAAGAUGGCGAUGUAAUCUUGUGGCAUUAUGACAGUGGCAAGCGCGCUGCCCGUCUCGCGGUGCACUGCAAAGCUGUAACUGAUUGCGUUUUCGCGAAGGACGGACGCGCACUUGCCACGAGUUCUUUGGAUGGCACCAUUUGCCACUACCGCAUCAAGCCUGGCGCGGGAGAAUUCGUCCCAGGCCAAGAAACCCGCACCUUGCGCGGCCACCAGGGAGCCGUAAAUGUGGUGGCCUUCUCGUUAGACAAUCGUUACAUCUUUUCCGGCUCAGACGAUAAGUCUAUUAGGAUCUGGUCGCGAGAGAGUAGUAAAUGCGAGAAUACUUUGACAGAUUCUCUUGGCGGUGAGGUGAGGUGCCUAAGGUUCGCCCCACAUGGCGAAAGCUUGGUGGUGUUAGCCGGCGAUGCUCUCUCUGUCUGGGAGAUGGAAGGGGUGAAUACCACUCAAUGGCGGAUUAAGAAUGUGCUGGAUACCCAGCAGGUUAAACGCCUCAAGAUGGUGUGCUUCAUUCCGGACGGCAUGUAUUUCGUGGGAUGUUCCUCUGAUAACAGCGUCACGGUCUGGGACAGCAGUGGAUACAACAAGCGCGCCAAGACAUCGCAAACCCCUCACCAGGAAGGCAUCCUGUCUUGCUGCUUUGAUCCCUAUGGCAAACACUUCAUAACCGGCGACGGCACAGGCAUCACGCGAAUCUGGGUGUGACGUUACGAAUGCAUAUCACGUAAUAUCAAUGAAACCACAAUGCAUUUCGGGUGCAUCGGUGGCUUGAAUGAGUUUCGAGCAUAGUAAUCUAUAGAGUUGGAAAAUGUUGUCUUGGAUGUUAUAAAAACAAAUGUUUUUGUGUUGGACGAAAGUAACAUCUGUUUUGAUUUUACAUAUUUAUUAGUCUUAUUGUCAAUUAUUGCAAAUAUUCAGGUCGCCGUAGGCGAAAAGCUAAAACAUAAUGUUUUUAGCAAAUGUGUUUUUAGUUUCACUAUAUUUAAAUAGUUUUUUUUCUAAAUUGACGAAAAUAUAUUAAAGAAUCCAGAUUUGUCGAAAGAAGUAUUAUAAAACGAGUUUGUUAUAAAACGAGUUUGUUAUAAAACAAAAUCAUUAAAAUGUAUGAAAGUUUAGUUGUAUCAGCGGGUAUGUCAAGAGUAAAGAAAGAAUAACUAUGAAUUCUAGGACGUAAUAAAAUUGUAAUUGAA